CCGUAAUUUGUGUUCUAGUAUCCAUUGCGCCUUCAACUGCUGUGUAGUUUCAACCAUGUGCGGUGGGUUCACAUGUUCCAAAAAUGCGCUUACUGCGCUCAACAUCCUGUACAUAUUAGUCGCCUUCAUUUUGAUCUUUGCCGCCACCAUUGGAAAAAUAUCUGCGUAUGUUACGAGUGAAACCGUCAUCGGAGGCAUCGUUGCCUGCGGAGUAUUUCUGCUCCUGGUUUCCAUUGUGGGCCUCAUCGGCGCCGCCAAGCAUCACCAAUCACCUAUUCGAUGUAACACAUUUUUGGAAAUCUGGGUUUUUAUGGAAUGUUUCCUUAAUGACUGGCUUUGCGGGGAGCAGUACAUGGUGAUUCUCUUCCUGCUGUUCGUUGUGCAAUUUUCAGUGGCCAUUGCUUGCCUCGCUGUUACUAAUAAGCAACAGAUUGAACUUCUGCGCAAGACUUGGAACAGAGCUGGGAACGAAACCCACGAAAGCAUUCAACAAAUGUUCGAGUGCUGCUCCUUCGAAUCCCUGCCUCCAGAAGGCUCUACGUGUGAGAAGAUCCCAGCGUGUUGCGACCCGGGAACGAACGCAACGGACUGCUGCCGAUCAAAAUCUACCUGUAAAUGCAAAACAUGUCGUGAAACUCUGCUACCGAAUUUGAGCUAUGCCUACAAAGUCAGCGGUGGUCUGGGCUUGUUUUUCUCCUUCACGGAGGUAUUCGGAUUCUUUGUAGCGAGACGGUUCAGAAAUACUGCAGAUCCUCUGGCAUACACGCAUUCCAUGUACUGAGAUGACGUUCCAUUCUAGUUUGUCUUUCCAUUCAACGAAGAGAAGUCUUAACGAGGCUGCCGUCACAUUGGUCGAUCUCUUCCCUGCGGAAAAUCUGGUGACGUGUUCAUUUUCAGUUCUUCAUAUAAUAACUUCGGUUGUUGAAGGAAAAGUUUUUUUCGGGAUUAUGUUCACUUGUCGCUGGCCUGACGGAAACCUUUUUUUUUCCUUCGGUCGUCAAGAACAUUUUUGAGCCUCGGAAACGUACCUGGAAUUUGACAUAGUCACAGAGUCGAGAAUUCGGGUCGAAAGGAAGCUAUUUUUUCUUUUGGGGAUGGUAUGUUACUCGAAAAGGAUAUUUUCUGGAUUUCCGGCUUCGGCUCGAGUUUUAAGAAUGUUCUGGAGUCAAAUUGGAACAAAAGGGCGCAUGAAAAUAUUUCGGCUGCAAUUUUGCUUGAGUUUUGCGUUUUCCUCGUCAGUGAGAUUGAUGAAACUGAUCAAAUUCCGGGCGGAUCUGAUGAAUUCGUGCCAUCCCCGGGAGAAAUGGUUCUUCUUUCGAAAUCGUACUAGUUUCGUUGCCUCCCGUAAUUCAGCCUUAAUAUCCGUGCAUUUUCGUUAGAACGAUUCUUUUGGAAAAUAGUUGCGUAAGCGAUUCUGGCAUGAUUGAGAAACCGAAUUCCUGAUUUCAAAGUGUUCAGUAUUUCUUUUCAAUGUGGAAGCGUUACAAAGAAAGUGGAUGAUUGAUUUCAGCGGGCAUUGAUGCAAACAGAUUGUCGUGCAUCUUUUCUACAGCGAUGAUUUACCGUCUUCUUUUCGUAUCUCCUUUUUUUUAUUUAUUGUGACCCGAAACUUCCUCAUGAUAGUAAAUGGAUACUGUGUCUACAGUUCGUUGCACCGCAAAA